AUGCCUCUCUACGAACUCUCAACGAACAUUCAGGAAUCUGAGGCUACUGGCCGCAAGAGAAGUCACGAUGAAUUCGCAGGCGAAGAUGGUGGAGUUCAAGCUUCUGAAGAUGUCAAGGUGCCACUGUCGACUUUAGAACAAACCAAUGGGGAUUGCUCAUUGCCUUCUGCCGUAAAUGGAGAAAGAGCCACCUCUCCAGCAUCGUCAGAGCUUAGUGAGCUUGGCCCUUCUACUCCUCCACGCAUCUCUCCUUCACCCCAUACGCCUUCCAAGAAGCAAGCAACACAAGCCACCAUUACCUCGGCAUCUAAAUCGGCGACUACCCUAGCCAAGCGAAAGAAAUUGACCCCUCAGGAGAAAGCCGAGAAGGACAAGGCAGCAGCCGCACUAAAGGCAGAAAAAGCGGAAAAGGCGAAGGAGGCUGCUCGAUUGAAGGAGGAACGUGACAAGAAGCAUGCUUUACGUCUAGUCGAGAAAGCCCAGGCUGAAGAGGAGAAGGCUGCCAAAGUCAAAGAACGUGACGAUAAGCGACGUCAGAAGGAUGAGGAAAAGAAACGCAAAGACGAAGAGAAGAAGCGAAAGGAGGAGGAAGAAGCAAAAAAGGCUCGCCAGCAACGGAAACUCGGCGCUUUCUUCAAGAUUCCAAACACCCCCAAGAAGGUUACCGACAACUCCCAAGCUAAGAAUGCUACGCCAGGGGAUGGAAGUCCAGCCAAAGAUAUCAGCAAGGAUUCGAAAACCGAGUACGAGAAGCUCUUCAAGCCUUUCUUUAUCAAGGAACACACACGAGUUGCCCAUAUUGGACCAGCGAUGGACACGGAAACACGCGAGGUUAAGUCGAGAAUACUUGACGAAUGUAUCACUGGUCAGCGAAAGGAUGAAUUGAAAGCUUCCCAAUUUGAUCCUGUUCGUCUUUUCGCCCUACCAAACAGACCUCCCAAGCGAGGCAUGCUCCAUCAUCCCGUCAACCACAUUAUGGAACAAGUCUACAAGGAGACAGAAAAGGCAGAAAACGCUGGCCCAGAGCAUGCUGAUAAGAUCAUGCGAGACACCCGCCAAAUGCUUUCCAAAGUGCCCAUGAAAAUUAUUUCGUUCUCGCAAGAUGUUCGACCACCCUAUUACGGAACGAUGACUUUCAAGCCUUUUGCCCUCGGAAAAGCCAAUAUGAGCCAAUUAGCCCGCAAACCUACAGGAAGACGACUGCCUCUCGAUUACGAUUAUGAUUCAGAAGCUGAGUGGCAGGAAGAAGAAGAAGGCGAGGAUCUCGAUGUUGACGACGAUGAGGAGGAAAUGGACGAUGAAGACGACAUGGAUGGAUUUCUUGAUGACUCGGAAGAUGCUGGUCUAUCCCGACGACUCUUUGCAAACACAUUGGAGCCGAACAGUACUGGGAUUUGUUUUGAGGAUGGAAAUCAAGUGGCGAACAAGGUUGUUUACGAACACAAGAUGGAGUUCAUACAUGAUGGACUUGAGCAAACCUGGGGCAUUGAUCCGUUCUCAACGCAGUAUUGGGAACCUGAGAUCAAGACAAAGAUAACUAAACCUACCAAACCUACACCAGCAUCCGAGACCACCAACAAGAUGCCUCCUCCUCCCACACCUUCCAAUGCAUUCUCAGCAUUGACAGGCAGUAACAGCAACACCGGUGGUGAUGCCCUGAAACUCGUCAAAUCGGAGCUUCUUGAUGACGUGAAGAGGGCUAUUUUGAACAACAAAGCUUUGUCCAAGGUUGGAAUUAUCGACUUCCUUUAUCACCAAUUUCGGGACAAUGUGUCUCGUACCGAGGUGAAGAAUACGGUCGAGAUGGUGGCAGAGAAGACUGGCAAAGGACGAUCCAAAGAAUGGGCAUUGAAGAGUGGACAUGAGAUUACCUCAUGA